UUCAGUGCGGGCCGGGCAGCGGGGCUCGGUGCGGGAUUGUUGCGGGGCUGGCCGGCUCGGCUGCUCCCGGCGGCUGCGCGGGGAAUCUGCUGGGUAAGCGUGUUGUUUUGGAAGCUGCACAGUGGAGUAACCUCUGCCCCGGGUGAUACCACAAGAAAUCACCUCCUGGCCGGGACCCAAGCAAAACACCUGAUUAACUUUGCCCUGUGCUGGCUUGCUGGGAGGCGGUGGGAGCUGCUCCAGCAGCGCCAGAGCGGAGCCGGCAAGGAUGGGAGGCAGGCUGCUGUGCCUGUGCCUCCUCGCAGCCCUCCUCGGCUACUACAUCUACAGCCCGCUGCCCGAGGAGCUGGCCCAGCCCGGCACUGUGAUGCUCGUCUCGGCCGCCUUGAGGGCCCUGGGGCACCUGUCGGAGGCAGCAGACCUGCUGGGGCUGAUGCACUACAUGGAGGGCUUGAGGCUCUUCACGGCUGCCGAGCUCGUCGCUCCCACGUCCGAUGAGAACGUCACCGUGACCGACACGGAGCUCAGCGGCGUCCCCGUCCGCCUGUUCCUGCCCCGGAGGGCGCCCGGCGGGCUCCGGAGGGCCGUGCUCUUCUUCCACGGCGGCGGCUGGUGCCUGGGAGACGCAGGCAUGCACAGCUACGAUUUCAUGUCACGGCGGACUUCAAACGAGCUAAAUGCUGUCGUGGUGUCAGUCAACUACAGGUUGGCCCCUCCGCACCAUUUCCCUGCCCAGUUUGACGACGUGUACUCGGUGACCAAGUUCUUCCUCCAGAGCAAGGUCCUGUCCCAGUACGGGGUGGACCCUGCGCGGGUCUGCGUGGCCGGGGACAGCGCCGGGGGCAACCUGGCUGCGGCCGUGGCACAACAGCUGUCGGAGGACCCUGAAGUCAAAACGAAGCUGAAAGCUCAAGUUCUGAUCUACCCAGCCCUGCAGGCGCUGGACCUGGACCUGCCGUCCUACCGGGACAACGCGCACAAGCCGCUGCUGCCGCGGUCGCUGAUGGUCAGGUUCUGGAGCGAGUACUUCACCUCGGACCCCGCGCUCCGGGAGGCCAUGGCCGCCAACAGCCACGUGCCGGCCGAGGCCGGCCACCUGCUGCCGUUUGUGAACUGGAGCCGCUGGCUGCCCGCCGAGAUGAGCAAGGCUCACGCGUACGCGGGGCCUGUCCUGGGCGGCGCGGAGCUGGCCCGCAGGUACCCCGGGUUCCUGGACCCGCGGGCGGCCCCGCUGCUGGCCAGCGAGGCCCGGCUGCGCCGCCUGCCCCCCGCCUACAUCCUGACCUGCGAGCACGACGUGCUGCGGGACGACGGAGCGAUGUACGCGGGCCGGCUGCACGCCGCCGGCGUGCCCGUCACGCACCACCACGCCUCGGACGCCUUCCACGGCGCCAUGACCUUCCUGACGUGGCCGCUGGAGCUGGCUGUGGGCCACCGGCUCUUCUGCACCUGCUUGGACUGGCUGAAGGACAACCUGUGAGCGGAACUUCAGCCCCUGACGUGUGGCCGGAGCUGCGCUGGAUUUCGGCCGUGAUUGCCGUCCCCUUGCAACUGCCGCGGUGUUGGGGCUGGAGCGUUUCCCACCUUGGCUGGCAGGAAAUCAGUCUGAUCCCACCCCACGCGUUCCUCCAGUGCUACUGUCUGACCUCAAACCCCCAGACCGCCAGGACUGCCCUGGGGUUCCUCCUCUGGCCCUGCGGCCUCUGGGACUCGGUGUCCCGUCUCUGUUGCUGCUUCUUUCUUCCCAUCACAUCUUCAGCCCGGGCUGUGUGCCCAAGGGCCAGGUCGCUUUGGGCACAUGGGACGUGCUCGGUGGCUGCUUUCUUCCUGUCCCUUUGGCUCCGUGGGAUGUGGCAGCAGGGCCCCACUGCUGCCAGGGCUGAUGGGCUGAAGGGAAGCACCGGGAGGCUGCAGGAGGCUCGGGGCAGCUGCAGGGACCUGCCCAUUGCAGGCCGGGCUGGGGCUGCUGUUCCUGCCCUGCCUGGCUUGAGGGAAGCACUUGGAAACCCAGUGGGAUGGCUGAAAAAUUGUGCAAGUGUUUUGGGCUUUUCUUGUUUGUUUGUUUUGGGGGUUUUGUUUAUUUGGGGCUUUUUGUUGUCUUGGGUUUUUUGGUUGGUUUGGUUUGGUUUUUUUAAAGCACGUAUCUUGCUCCUACUUCUUUCUUUAGUCCUUGCACUAGCAGGAAAUAGGAAUCAAACCAGCACUGGAUAUUUACUGGAAAAAGGAAGCUGUGAAGAUACCAGCCUUACGACAACACUGCUGCAUGGUCUGUGCUCUACUUAUCUGUUAAUUCAUGUUCUAGGUGUUCUAAUUGUCCUUGAAAAUUUUUAUCGGAUUUCACAUAUGAUUUCUUAAAAGUAAAAUUAGCUUAGUAGGUUUAUAGGCUUGGAAAAGAAACAUCAUAAUUCAGCUGGCUGUGUGGAACAAAUAACCUCUGCGUAAAUGUUUUGUGUGUUAAAUAUAAACCCUAAAACUUUUGACUCAAGCAGGAAUACAGGGGUUGGCUGUUGGUUUAAGUAAAUCAACCACUGGGCAGGUGCUUCAUGUAUCCUGCUUUUCUUUUGCAUACAAGGUACUGAAUCGUCAAUAAUUCUGGGUUAUUUUCCCUGAGUGUGUGCGGCCUGUUCAGAUGGAAUGUGUACAGGAUGAUUGCUGUUUUCCAUCAUUAAACUCGUUUUUGAUUCCA